AUGAAAAUCAAAAUCAUUAGCUUGUUGAUUUUACUUCAGAUAGCAAAAUCAUAAGUUGUGUUAUCUUUCAAAAAUUCAUGUGAAUGUACUUAAAUUGCAGUAGAUACAGAAUGCAAUUUACUUUACCCUUAUUGCAAUUGGUAGGUUAAUGAAUAAAAUGUUGGAUCAUGUGAAACUACAAAUUGUUAUAAUCUUGAUUCUUCAGCAGAUUGUGUUCUCUUAAGAAAUUGUAUUUGGAAUGGGAAACAAUGUUUAUCUACAUAUUCAGAUGUGCAAUGUAAUUAAUUAGAAGGGGAAAAGGACCUGACUUGUCAAUAACAGAAUGUAUCAUGUUAUGGUAUAACGGGAUAAUGUCUUUCAAUUAGUGAAUUACCAAGUUGCAAAACAUAUUAAUCUUAGAUUGAAUGUACAAUAGGAUAAGAAGGAAAGUGUUCAUGGUCUACAACUACAAAUUAAUGUGGAUUUUAUGUUACUUGUGAACAAAUUCCUUUAAAUAUCUGCAAUACUUAUAGACCAUAUGAAACAAAUUAUUCUUAAGGACAAUAUUGUCAUAUCAAUAAUAGUGGAUAAUGUGUUUAAAUGACAUGUAGUGAUAUUACUUCUUAAAUAAAUUGUACAUUUGUUUAGACAGUAUUUAAUCAGGAUUAAUUUUAUUUAUGUUAAUGGAACUCUUUAUCUAAAACUUGUGAAUUAGCACCAAGUACAUCCAAUUUAACUGAAAAAAAUUGUUUUUCAGAUACAAUAGGAACAUAUCAUUGGAUAGCUGAAAAUAAAUACGCAGUAUAAGGCAUAUGUUUUCCAUGCUCUUUGAGAAUAAUUAAAUAAUCUGAACUUUGCUUAUGUGAAUAAUUAGUGUCAUAGUUAGAUUGUAUAUAUGCCAAAACAUGUACAUGGCAAUAAAAUAAGUGUAUAACAAGUUAAUGUAGUUAAUUUAAUGAAUAAUAAUCAUUAUGUGCUUAAUCACCUGCUUGUAUGUAUAUUUUUGGCAAAGGAUGCAUUCCUUUUACUAAAUGUUCAGAUAUUCGUGGUAACAAUUAAUUCUAAUGUAUUGCAUAAUCAUUAUAAUGUCCAAGCAGUAAUGGACAAUAUUGUACUUCAUUACCUAUUGAUAGUUCAAUAUUCUGUUAAUAAUAAGGUAAUGCAUAUAAUUGUAGUAAUGUUCUUAUUGGAAAUGGAAAAUGUUAUUGGAAUUCUUAAAAAAAUGAAUGCCAAUAUUCAUCUUCAUGUUAUAGCUUUAAUAUGUAAGAUUGUUAAAAAUUAAAACAUGCAUGUUAUUAUUCUGGUAGUUAUUGCUAUCCUAUCUAUUGUUCGUAUUUUUCAACUGCAUCUGAUUGUACCUUUUAUUUUGAUUAUUAUUCUGGAUCCUAUAAAUAUUGUUAUUGGAAUUAUUAAUAUGGUUAUUGUGAUGAUUAAAAACCAUAUGAAUUAGAUUUCUAAUCUUGUUACACUAGCACUCAAGGAAAAUAUAGAUGGAGUAGUUAAGAUUCAAAAAUAGGAGCAUGUACUUAAUGUGCUGCCAUAAUUGUUCCUAAUAAACGAAAUUGGUGUUCAUGUGAUUAAUUAAUAUACUAAGGAGACUGUGCUACUGCAUAUGAUAGUUGUCUAUGGAAUCCAGAGAAAUCAUAAUGUGUACCAUUAGAUUGUUCAAUGUUGACAACUAGAAAUCUUUGUGUUCAAAAUUACAAUUGUCAUUGGAUAUAAUAUCAAAAUGUCAUGUAAUGUUUACCUUUUACCUCAUGUGAUAAAUUACCAGGAUCUAAUUCAUAUAUGUGUAUGCUCUAUUCAUAAAGAUGUACUUAAACUGAUGGCAAGUAUUGUAAAGAACUCUCUUAUACAGACAUCAAACAAAAAUGUUCAUCAAUCGCAGACUACACUAAUUGUUAUUUGACUGUUGCUUCUGAUGGAGUUUGUAGAUGGAAUACUUAAACAUAAACAUGUUAUGCAUUAUCAGAAUGUAGUUAAAUUACAGAAAUGUCUUUUUGUGGCAUCAAUAAUUAUGCCUGUUACUGGAAUUUCUAAACUAAUACAUGCACUUCUUUAACUUGUUCCAUGGUUACAACUUCAUCAGAAUGUACUUAUUUUGAUCAAUAUAUCAAUUUCGGUUUCUAAAUCUAAAUGUGUCUAUGGAAUACUACUUGCCAAAAUGCAACAUCUACAAAUUUAACAUCCUCUAAUUGUUUUACAAAUACUGCUAAAACUUAUAGAUGGUCAAAGAAUAAUCAAACAGAUGGUUCAUGUUAAUCCUGUUCACAGUCGACCAUUUUUACCCUUGGAUUCAUCAUCCUUAUAUCCUUGACAUAAUGA